AUGCUAAGGCCGAGGGAGGAGAAGAAAGACUGGUUCGAUGUGGUGUGGUUUAAGGGAGCCAUCCCUAAACUCAGUUUCACUAUGUGGAUUGCAAACUAUGAUCGAUUGCCUACUAGGUCCAGAUUGGCGGGGUGGGGAAUGCCAAUCUCUCCCCUAUGCCCAUUCUGUUCCUCACAUGAUGAAACCAGGGAGCAUCUACUUCUCUCAUGCCAAUACAGCAAAGAUGUUUGGCGGGAAGUGCUUCUACGUUGUCAAUCCCCUACAGCAGUGAUCACCAACUGGGCGGAGCUGUUGUCUUGGAUCAGAAACUCCCCUUCUUGA